AUGAUGUAAAGUACCUCAAACAGCUUGUAUGCCCACUAAGCUCAAUUAGGAUACGGCUACUACCAACCAAAACCAGUCCAAUGGUAGUAACCUUACUCCAACCAAUAUGGCUAGAACAAAAGGCAUGGAUAAAACCACAAAUCUAAAACUAACAGUUUUUGUCCAUCACCAUAACCAAAUGAUUUUGAAGCAGCCAUUUAUCACAAACCUAAACAACAAUUCAAUGGCUACAAUAAUCAAUCAAAUGACUUUGAUGAUGAGCAAAAUAACAGGCAUAAAUAGUUCAAGUAAACUAAAAAUAAUGGUAAGAGAAAUAACUCACGUAAGGGAGCUAUGAUCAAUGGAGGUGCAGUUGGAGAAAACUGCACUCAAAAGCAGUCAGUGUAUAUAGUUAAGCAACAAAGAAAGACAUCAAUCAUGUCCCAAAGUGGAGAGCAGUGCUUGCCAAACACCACUGCUAUAUUUUCACAACACCAGAAUGAGAAUAACUCACUCAAAUAAAACUACUAGGGUAGUAAGAAGGAGAUAGGUGUAAGACAUUCGAAUAAUAUUCUAUCAUCUGAGGAAGAAUCUUCAAAUUCUAACAAUAGUCCACUGGAUCUUAAAGAUCAUGUCCAGGAUUUAAGAAAUCUUGCUGAAAAAUUGAAAGUGUAAAACUUGUUCCCAAUCCAGUUACCCCACCAGAAAUUCUUAGAAUCUCAUUCUAUUCCAUACUCUGCCACGUGCACCCAAUAAAAUAUCCUAAAUCAUGGCAAAUAAUUCUAAGAUCUCACACCUGUUAAAACAAACGGUUUAAAUGAAAAUGGACUUUUAGUAUCACACCUUAAGUCAAUUAAAAACCAGUUAAAAUUGGACCAGUCCUCUGAGGAUAGUACAUUCCCCUCUGAUAGUGCUAAGAGUGAGAACGAAUCUAAUAAAAAUCUAAAUCAAUCUUAAAACCUAUUAUUCAAAGCCACAGAAAUUAUUAGUUCACCAAAUGCUGAUGAAAUUGUUGAGACAAAAAAUAAUUAAGUAAGCGCCUUCAAUAAUCCAGAGACAACAAUGGUUAAUCAUAAUCAAGUCAUAGCUUAAUUAUUUGGCCUGGGAUCAUUUGCAUCAAGCAGUGCCAAUGCUUUAGAGAAUGACAAUAAUUGUCAACUAAUUACUUCUAUUGUAGGAAGCGUCAACAGUUCAAGCAGCAACAACCAAAGAUGGAGCAAUUUGUAAACCAAAUAUUAUGAAAAGCCUAAAUGCUUUAUGGCUCCAAAGACUUCUGAGAUCCCUCUUCCAUUAUGA